UAUUAUUAUUAUAAUAUUAUCUGUGUCCUGUGAAUAUUUCUCUGUGGUUUCAAGAGCUUCUAAAUACAUAAUAUGCCGUUUAUCUUAAUAAUUUAAUAAUAUAAUUCAACAUGUUCAUUUUUUUAUUAUGAGGACGUGUCAUUGGAUAAAUCAGUGGAUAAAUAAAAUUGUAUUUUUACAAGUUUAAUCAACUUAAAUAAUAGUUCCAUAUUACUUAAGAUACUAUUAAAUUAACUUUACUAAAUCAUGUGCAAAAUCACAAUACCCUGGAUUCCUAUAACAUUCACAUUAACACCUAUGAUAGGUGGUUUCAUUGGAGGUAUUUUUGUUCGCAAAAACAUCAAAGGAUGGUAUGAGACAUUGAAUCGACCAUCCUGGAGGCCUCCAAAUUAUAUGUUUGCGCCAGUUUGGACUACUUUGUAUUUAGGAAUGGGAUAUGCAUCAUACAUGGUAUACCGUAGUGGUGGUGGAUUUUUUGGUGCAGCAAAAAUUCCUUUGUCAUUGUAUGCAUCACAAAUGGUUUUGAAUUGGGCAUGGUCACCUUUAUUCUUUGAGUUUCAUCAGUUAAAAUGGAGUUUAGUUGAAAUUUGUGUUUUGUGGACAAAUGUAGCUGGUUGCAUUGUAACAUUUUAUAAAAUAAACAAGGUGGCUAGUUAUUUUAUGAUUCCAUACUUGGGUUGGUUGUCAUUAGCAACAGCAUUGACUUAUAACAUAUAUAAAAAUAACCCUGAAGUAUCAGACAAAGUUAAUGAUGAAUAACUGUAUUACCAAAAUACCAACUAGAAGUAUACAUAAUAUUAUUUUUAUUAUUCAAAUUUAAAUUGUCAUCACAUGUUUAUAUGAAUAUAUAUUUUAAAUAUCUGUUAUUUUUUUAAUAAAGAGUUUCCAUACCUAUUUGA